AGCGUCCGUGAAACGAACAAGGGAGAGUGCGGCGCGUUCCUGAUCAGUAGUAGCACACUUUCAUCGGGCGUCGAGAAAAGUGAGUCGGUCCCAUCCGCGGCUAAGAUAUCCACGUCCGCGGUGUUUAAGGAGUGCUCUCGCGAGAGGAGAGAGGUAUUCGGAGAAAGGGAGAAACGGAUUCCUUUCGACGACGCGAAAAAAUCAUUGUGCAUUUUUCCCCGGGGGGUGGGGUGGCUCACUGGAAAGACAAAUCGUCUCGAGAAAGUCGAGAGAAUUAAUUGCGCGGCACAUUCGUCGCAUACAAAUUACGUGACAUUGAAACGAGAAUGCGGAUAGUCCACGGUUAUCGGAUGUAAAAUAUCCUGACCAGAGUUGCAAUCUGUAACGCAAAGAAUUGCACAGUGAUUGUUAGAUUCGUCGAGUCGUGCGUCAGGAUUUUUAAUAUAAAUUAAAUCAAACGUACUAGACAGGAACACUUGCACUUUGUAAAAUAAAAUAAGGAACUGUAUACUGAGAUUGGGUAGAGAAAUGAAAGUCGCGUGUCGGCCGGGUUUCACCCUUUCCAAGGGGUGCAAAGGGAGGGUGGCAUGAACCGGAUGAAUCAUUCAGACGGCCUCUGACGUAUCGCAGAAAAGAGAGACGCGAUCGAAGAAUCGAAAUACACCGGGUUUACCAGUUCUCAACGACUAAUCGAUUCUGCAAAGGAUGAGCAGAAACGAGAAUGGUUUAUCCUUGGCGACGCCACCCGCUAUUCACGUUGGGCCCAUAGUGAAUCCGAGCACCAACGAAACUAUUUCCAUCGUGAUACCGCUGUCAGCCCAGCUGACUACAGUCACUAGUCAAAAAGUCGAGAAAUCCUGUAAGGAUUGCAAUACCAAAGAUGCGAAGCAGUCGCCUCGUCCGAGAAACGACAAAACCAAAGGCUGUCCCUUUCCUGGCUGCGCCAGGUACGGGAGAGCCUUCUCCAGGGCGCACGACUUGAAACGGCACAUCGCUCGCCACGAGUUAAGGAAAGAAAAAUUAUGCGACUGCGAACACCUCGUUGCCGUGAACAAACAACAGAUCGAGAAGGAAACUGAAAAUGUAACUGUCGGACAGAUUUGGACUGAGGAUUCCCGGGAAACUAAAUCUUAUUCGUGCUCGCAAUGCAAGAAGAAAUAUGCUAGCGAGAUUAAACUUAAAGCUCAUAUGAGUUCUCACGAAAAGGUGCCGGGCAAGAACGUGUGCGUUUUUUGCGGGACAUGUUCGCGGGACGAAGAGGACCUUCAAGAGCACAUGAAGCAGCAUACAGCAAAUAUAUUGAACGCUCAAUCGGCUUUGGAGAAAGGAGAGAAGAACGACAAAGAUGACGAUUUCUUACUUGAGGAAAUGUUACUCCUUAAUAAACCGCGAAGACCGGAACAAUCUGGUAAAAGUGCAACCGGAGCGUCCAAAAUACGCUGCGACUACUGUUCCAAGACUUUCAAGACGAAAUGGACGUUGAGCUCGCACGUCGCGGCGCACGAAGGCCGAUUCCAAUUUGGCUGCAGCCAGUGUGGCAAGAAAUUCGUACGGAAAAGUCACUACGAGGGCCACAUGAGGUCCCACGAAGCUGCGAGGCCGUACGUCUGCGAUCAAUGCGGGAAAACGUUCAAAGAGUUGAAACACAGAAGGGAACACACUAAACGGAAGCAUCCGAGUAAUCAAAACGCGAUUCAGACGCUUUUGGACAGCAUCAGUCCGUGCGGUUCUGAAGAUCUACCCGUGGAUCAAACAAAAUUCACGCUCUUCAUGCCUGUUAACUUUUCUGUAUAAGUUUUCUAAUUUGAGGCUCGAUAAUGAAACAGGGUUUGAAAAAUUGAAGGUUGCUUCUAAUGGAACGUUGUCGACGAUGUCCUUUUAUAGUACGAGAGAAAUGUACCUAACGAUUGUAACUAUCAUUGUACACGCGAGAGACACUGUAACUAUGUAUGUAUUGAUUUAAAUAAUCGUUUCUACUUUGCGACGUGGCGAAGAUCCAUGCGUUUUUUUUCCCCAACAAGACAAUCUCAAUCCCAGAUUGAUUUACGAUCAGUAUGUACAUACACAUGAUGAAAUUGAACACGUUAUUUUCGAUAUAACAGUAGCGAUAACUAUUAUACUUUCCAUUGUACCUAAUAAAUAACAGUAUAUAUAUAAUUAUGACACCCUGUACAAUUGUAAAACGAGAAUCGAAGAACUCUCGAUUAAAACGAUAUCCAUGAA